UCCUAAGUCUAUGUCGUCUAUGUCUUUGCUCCCUGGCUGUCAAGUUUGAGAAAGUGUAUGAAAGGUUGAAUGAUUAUUGGACAAAAAGUGCACAGUUGAUCGCCUUUUCUAACUAAUAUGUCAUAGUUUAUACUGCGGUACUUUGAUUUUUAUAAAAUUCGUUAAAAAAAUAAAUAAAUAAUCGAGUUAUUAAAUUUUAUUUUACUAAAUUCGUAAUAUGAAUAUUUUAAAAUAAAAAAAAAAUUAGAGUCGCUGUACUCAUAGAAUUGGAAAAAUAUAAAUUAUUAAACAGGCAGCUGGAGUUGACAAUUUUGAUCUAUAAGUCACUUACUUUAUUGUAAGAAAUUGAUACCAUCAAUAAUUAUGGAAGACGAUCUUCCAGUCGAAUAUGAUGUCGUUGUAGUGGGAACUGGUAUGACAGAAUCUAUUGUCGCUGCUGCUGCCAGUCGAAUCGGAAAGAAAGUACUUCAUGUAGACAGUAAUGAAUACUACGGAGGAUUAUGGGCUACAUUCAAUUUUGAUGGGCUGCAAAAAUGGAUAGAAGACUUGAAAAUAAUCCAAGAUACUGCUAGUGAUGUUGACAUAACUCUUAAAGAUGGUGAAAAAUUUUUAAGAGCGAGCAACCAGUAUUCUACUAUUGAAAACAUUGAAGAAUCUUGGUUCAUAUAUAAUGAUGCUGACUUACCGGAGCUAUCUUCGAAAGACACCCAAACUGAAAGUACCGAAGGAAAUAAAGACGAUACUUCAGAAAAAGAUCAAGCUGACACAAAUAAUCAUAAAGACCAUGUCCAACGUUGGUCCAAAGACCGCAUUAAAAAAGAAUAUAGACGAUUCAAUAUUGACUUAGCGCCGAAAUUACUCUUUGCUCGAGGGGAAUUAGUGGAACUGUUAAUAUCUAGUAAUAUCGCGCGCUAUGCUGAAUUUCGAGCUGUUUCCAGAGUUGCUACAUACAUGGAUGGAAAACUUAUCCAAGUUCCUUGCUCAAGAGCUGAUGUAUUCGCUAAUAAGACUGUCAGUGUUGUUGAGAAGCGAAUGCUGAUGAAACUAUUGAUGUCUUGUAUGGAACAAGGCGCUGACAGUUCAGAAUUUGAUGGAUACCGUGAUAAAACAUUCAUUGAAUAUUUAAAUACGAAAAAUUUGACGCCCAUAGUGAAACAUUACGUAAUGCAAGCCAUUGCAAUGGCUACUGACAAGACUUCAUGUCGAGAUGGCGUGAACCGUACAAAACACUUUUUGAAUAGUCUUGGUCGAUAUGGAAAUACACCUUUUUUGUGGCCUAUGUACGGUAGCGGGGAAUUACCUCAAUGUUUCUGUCGCUUAUGUGCAGUAUUUGGAGGAGUUUAUUGUUUAAAACGUCAGUUUAAUGGAGUAGUAGUUGAAGAAGAUAAAUGCAAAUUUAUUGUAAGUGGGAAGCAAAAGCUCGCUCUUGAGCAUUUAGUCGUCGGACAAGGCCAUAUACCUCCUGAAAUCGUUGACUCUGCAGGAGAAAUGAAAAUUUCUCGGGGAAUUUUUAUAACAGACAGAUCGAUCAUGCAAGGAGAGAAAGAAAAUCUAACUUUGCUUUAUUAUCCACCUGAAGAACCUGAUCAAGAACCUGUUACUUUAAUUGAAUUAGGGCCAUCAACUAAUGCUUGUCCUCAAGGCCUCUUUAUGGUCCAAAUGACCUGCAAACGCACCAAGACAGCCAAGGAAGAUUUGGAGUAUGUGGUGAGAAAAUUCCUUGGAACGGAUAUUCUUGAAUCUAAUGUACGCUACCCGACUGAUUCGCAUACGCAAACUAUCUCAUCAGAUGAUGAUCAUCAACAGGAAGGGAAUAUUGAUAAAGACAAAGAUGAGAAAAAUUUAAAACCACAUGUGUUAUGGUCUUUAUAUCUGAACUUACCGGCUAGUGAUAUAAAAUUGAGUGAUUCAGCACCAAAAAAUAUAUAUCUUUGUUCCGGGCCUGAUUUAGAUCUUGACUUCGAUUAUUCUGUAAAUCAAGCUAAAGGAAUUUUCAAAGCUAUGUAUCCCGAUGAAGACUUUCUUCCACGUGCUCCGGAUCCUGAAGAGAUUGUACUAGAGGGCGAUGAAACACCUGGGCCUAAAUUCGAUGAUCAUAUACCAGAAGAUGAAGAAAAUCCAACUUCUGAGAAAGAGUAGCAUGAAUAUUGUCAUUUAAUUAAUUUGUAAUUGAUGCUUUUAUAAUGGGAUAAGCCGCACAAGUAUAGCCUCGAUUCGUAUGGUAUUAUUAUUAUUUUUUUUCAUUUUUCUAUUCUAAACUGAACCAAUUAAAUAAAAUCAUUACUCUCUGCAUGGUUAAAAUACGUACGAAAUAGAUUUAAUUUAACUUAUCAUUUAAAGUUGAAUAUUAUUUUUACAAUCAAUAAUAUAAUACGCAAUUUGUACUACAGAUCCCACAGAAAUAAAUUCAAAUCUUUAUAAAAGAUUUAAUUUUUUCUGACAUAAACUAGUAUUUUAGUUUAUUUUUAUGUGUGCUAAGUAAAAAAUCUGCUUAUAUCGAUACUAAAUAAAAUAAAUAUAUCCACAUAAAUAAUUAAAUAUCAUAUGAACUUGUUCCUUAUUAUUGCAUUUAUUAAUAUUUAUAUAUAAUCAUUUGUACAUCAAAACUUUAUAAAACAAAUGUUUUAACUCGAAAAAAUAAUCUUUAUCAUAAGUUUUAUAUUUAUAUUUAUCAUUUAUUAUUAAAAAAAAGUUCAUGAAUUUUUCUCUUGCUAAUAAUACGAUAAAUUUAAUAACGGAUGUUUUAACACUUAUUAUUUUUUUGUGUUUUUACAUUAGUUUUCAUACUGUGAGUAAAUAUUACGAAAUUCUUAGUAGAUCACUUUGAUCAUAAAUUACUCAUGUUAUUGAUAAUUAUAAUUAUAUAAUUAUUAUUAAAGUAUUAAUAUAAGUAAAAAACGAUGUAAUCAGUUGAAACUGAUUAAAUGCUGUAGUCUUGAUGCAAAAAAUACACGUUUAUGUGCAAAAAUAAAUUUAUCUAGUUUCCU